AUGGGGACCAAAUCUGUAUCGUCUGAUAUUAUCAAUCUAAAAUUGAUUCUCGUAAGUGGUAAAACUGCUGAGUUUCAAUUCCAACCAACAACGACAGCAGCAGACAUAGCCAAAUAUGUAUUCGAAAACUGGCCCGAAGGUUGGGCAAUUGAAGAGAAAGCGGACCGUUUUGAAGUUCUAAGAUUAAUCUACCAAGGAAGAUUUCUACAUGGUAAUGUGACACUGAGUGCUCUACAUCUCCAACAAGGCAAAACGACUGUGAUGCAUCUAGUACAACGUGAACAUCUUCCUGAACCAACAAAUGGCGAUCAAAAACGCAAGCAUAAGCAUGACAACAAUCAAGAAGAACCACCUGCACAACCACUCCCAUCGAAUUCAACAUCGGGAUGCUGUGACGCAUGUUCAAUUCUCUGA